GAUAAAAGGAUGCUCUGGUCCUGGAUAUCAUAACAGUUCAACAAUUCAUCUCAGCUCGUUCGUUUAGUUCUGGUGCUAAGAAGCGGGUUUUCUUAUUAAUUUCCAAUUUGGUCGGAUAAUUGUCCUUCCUUGAAAGUGCAAAGUAAUCAUUAUGGUCUACGACAUCGAACAUAUGAUUCCAAACGAAAGUACAUCCUUGGGUCGCGACUUCAUUCAUAGCUCUUUUGCAUGCGAGAAUAUACCGCCGCCUCCUGCAUCAGCCACACCACGACGAAGGACCCUUCCCAUUACCAAUUUGGAUCCAUCAGACUUGGUGGGAUUGUCACGUGAGGAACGAAGACGACGACGGCGUGCUACCCUUAAAUAUCGAACAGCACAUGCGACCCGCGAAAGGAUUCGAGUCGAGGCAUUUAAUGUUGCAUUCUCGGAACUAAGGAAAUUACUACCGACUCUUCCGCCUGAUAAGAAACUAUCGAAAAUUGAAAUCUUGAAGCUCGCUAUCUGCUAUAUUGCCUACUUGAAUCACGUGCUCGAAACAUAAUUUAUAAUAGCAUUGGUGGACGCUGUGGAAGAUUUAUAAUCCUUUUCCAGUUUGACUAAGAAGCAUAAGUGUGAUAUUUUUGUUGGAAAACGUUUUUUGUUUUGUGUUUACGUCUAGUGAAUAAAGCUCUUCUUUCCAACUUG